UGCCCUGGAGUUCUAAGCUCAGGGCAAAAGUAGGGUAAAGGUAGAUACAAAGCAGAAGCCAAAACUAUAGCAAAGAAACAAAACCUGGAGAAGUUGCAGAUGGUUAAAUUUUUAUUUUUUAUUUUUAAAGAAGAAUACUUGUAAGUUUGUUUCUGUGCACCAAAAAAUAAAUUGUUGGUUUCGAUAAUUUUCCAGCAGAAGAGAAACCUGUAUUUCAGACAUUCAGACUACUAACCAGGAGGAAAAGCAGGCCAAAACAUAUCUUCCCUGGUUUAUGAAAACAGGUAUUACAUUUCUAGAUGAUGGAAGAAAAAAACAUUCCAAAGCAUGGGGAAAAGGAUGCAACACAGCUAUACCUGUCCUUUUGAAUUAAAAAGAAAAAUUGUCAGAAGAUCACUAUGCUUCAACUCGCAAGCCUCUGCAUGUUAUGGUGUGAAAAUAAUUUGGAUGUGCUGGUGAGCCCUACAUAAACUGAAUGUCUUUUUGAUUGAAAAAUCUUUUCAAAACAGCAGCUUGAAGAAUAAAUAAAUUAAGAGAGAUAUUUUAGGUGAUUGGGUGGGGAUAGGAAAUGAGGCAGUGAAAGACCGUUCAGGGUAAUCCAGGCACAGGUGAAGGAAAACGUGGAGUGGAAGUUGGAAUAUCUGAGGAACUAGAGAAGAAACCCAAGGACAAGAAAGCCACCAGAAAGUAAAAGAAUAUGGCAAUGAUAAAGGAGAUUCUCCGAUCCAGAAAUCUCUUGCUCGUUGUUCUCAUUCCACUUCUGCUGCUUCCUCUGCCACUCUUACACCCCAGUAGCGAAGCUUCAUGUGCCUAUGUGCUGAUUGUGACAGCUGUAUACUGGGUCUCUGAAGCGGUACCACUUGGUGCAGCAGCCUUAGUUCCUGCCUUCCUAUACCCACUUUUUGGAGUCAUGAAGUCCAGUGAGGUGGCUGCUGAAUAUUUCAAAAACACAACUUUGCUCCUCAUGGGCGUGAUUUGUGUGGCAGCUUCUGUAGAAAAGUGGAAUCUUCACAAGCGAAUCGCCCUGCGCAUGGUCAUGAUGGCUGGAGCAAAGCCAGGCAUGUUGCUUCUUUGCUUCAUGUGUUGCACCACGGUGCUCUCCAUGUGGCUUUCCAACACAUCCACCACAGCCAUGGUGAUGCCAAUCGUGGAGGCAGUGCUCCAGGAGCUAGUGAAUGCUGAGGAGGAGCACAAGGUCAUCAGUACUGCAGGCAGCACCAUUACUGAAGAAAACAAGCCAAUAGAUCUCAGCGAAAAGCAUGGCCAGCCUUCACUGGAGAUUAUCUUCAUCAAUGAGGAUGCUACUACUACUGACUUCAACUCCUUGAUGCACUCAAAGAAUAUGAAUGGUGUGCACAUGAUAGCCAACCCUAUUGGAACAAUGAAUUCUAAGAGCAAUGGGCAGCACCUACCUCAGGCUCAGUUACUGGUCCUGCCUCCUAAGCCCUCAGAACUGGGCCUGACCACUAAGUACCGGUAUCAGACCAGACACGACCACAUGAUCUGCAAAUGCCUCUCACUGAGUAUCUCCUACGCAGCAACCAUUGGAGGACUGACAACCAUCACAGGGACCUCCACUAGUCUCAUAUUCUUAGAGCAGUUCAACAACCACUACCCAAAGGCUGAAGUGGUAAAUUUUGGAACCUGGUUUUUGUUCAGUUUCCCCAUCUCCCUCAUCAUGUUGGUCCUGACUUGGUUCUGGAUGCAUUGGCUGUUCUUGGGUUGCAAUUUUAAAGAGACCUGUUCUGUGAGCAAGAAGAAGAAGACCAAACGGGAAGAAAUGUCAGAGAGAAGAAUUCAAGAAGAAUAUAAGAAACUGGGAAAUGUUAGCUAUCCUGAGAUGGUGACUGGAUUUUUCUUCAUUCUGAUGACCUUGCUUUGGUUUACUCGUGAGCCUGGCUUUGUACCAGGAUGGUCAUCUUUUUUUGAGAAGAAAGGUUACCGGACUGAUGCCACUGUCUCUGUAUUUCUUGGUUUUCUCCUUUUCCUGAUUCCAGCAAAAAAGCCUUGUUUUGGAAAAAUGGAAAAAGGAGAUGGUGAAAAGUCAACAGACAUUAACACAUUGGAUCCCAUCAUCACCUGGAAGGACUUCCAGAAGACCAUGCCCUGGGAGAUUGUAGUGUUGGUUGGAGGAGGUUAUGCAUUAGCAGCUGGAUGCAAGACCUCUGGCCUCUCUACAUGGAUUGGACACCAAAUGCUCUCCCUCAGCAGCCUUCCCUACUGGGCUGUAACUCUGCUGGCCUGCAUUUUGGUGUCACUGGUAACAGAGUUUGUUAGUAAUCCAGCAACUAUAACCAUCUUUCUACCUAUUUUAUGCAGCAUGUCAGAAACCCUACUUAUCAACCCUCUGUACACCCUGAUUCCUGUCACCCUGUGUAUCUCAUUUGCGGUGAUGCUACCAGUGGGUAAUCCUCCAAAUGCUAUUGUCUUCAGUUAUGGGCACUGCCAGAUUAAAGAUAUGGUGAAAGCUGGCCUGGGUGUAAAUCUGAUUGGCCUGACUGUGGUCAUGGUGGCAAUCAACACUUGGGGAAUUAGACUUUUCCAGCUGAAUACUUUUCCAGAAUGGGCAGUGGUCAGCAACAUCACUAACCAAACAUAAUCUCCAAUGGAAAAAAAAAAAGAAAAAAGAAAAAAAAUGCAAGACCAAAGUGAGUUGGAACAAAAUAUUAAACCUACAUUGCACAUAUGAAGAAAAGAGAAAACUUCUGAAUACAUAGAACUAGGAUCCAUAGGAAAACCAUGAAGAAAAUCCACAGGGAGGUCUUCUGCAUAAGCUUUUCAGUUCUGAAAAUCAGUGUAAGUUAAAAGAAGAGAUUAGCUUUGCUCUGUUAUUGCUUUCCCUAUGAUACAUAACUCUGAAAAAACCCUCUCCUCCAGGAGAGGGUUUGUCAAUAAACCCUCAAUAAAAUUGUCAAUAAAAUCAUCUGCCUAUGGCUUUUUCAUGCCUUGGAACAAUUAUGUAGAACUUGUAAAAAAGGGGAUAUAAGGCUCCAGUGACUGAAGACACUGUACUCAGUAGUACUCUGAAGACACUGUACUCAGUCAACCCUACCUACAGAGAAUGGAGAGUCUUAUUCCCAAACCCCAAGUUUUAUAAGCCUACUUCUUUUAAAAGCAAAUUAUUAUUCUUCUUUUGAGGUGACUCAUCACUGAGUUGGCAAAUAUCCAACACUUUCCCGCCUCACCCAUACGGCCUGAACAGAAAUAGAGCUACCGACUACCAGCUACAGCACUUCAAAGGGAUAACAGAAGCCACCAAUUAGAUAAGAAGAAGUUUCCCUGGAAGGAGAAUGUUUUUUGCCCACAGCACUAGUAUAGUUUCCAAUAUUGCAGUUCUUGCAAUCUCUGCUUUAGAAGGAAGAGCUUCAGAAACAUAAAGUUUUGUUCAAUACCUACUUUCUUUGCCAUUGUACUACAGUUUGAACUCUUUCAGCAGCUGUGAGCAGCAAAACCUUACCAGGCCAACAGACCCAUUGCUCUCCUCUCUCUUUGGCUGCUGUUUAGAUAGUUAUGAUUCCUCUGACAGAGAUAGUAUGAUGUCAUCCAAGGUGUCAUUCAGUGCUGCUCCAUGAAGCAAGAGGGCUGAAGUGGAGUGGUUCAGGUGUACCUCCUCAUAGUGUUCAUUCGCUUGAACAUCACACGCACCUUCUCUCUAGCAGCCCAGAGAACAGGAACUUCAAAUGUAGGAAACUGUGACAUAGAGCAGAUAACUACCAAAUCAAAAGGCCAACCUCUUUAUCAUCUGCAAAGUGAAUGCCCUGCUUUUCUGAUUGGAUCCUUGCAAUAGUCAGUAAACCUUUUCUUGUGUUAUGUCUUGUUUUGAGUAAUUUCUUUAAUGUCAAUACAUUGAAGCUGUAUAUUAGGAUGAUUGGAUCUCAGGUAAUCACACUGUAUCUACACUAAUGAAUUUUUAUGCUUUCCACUUACAACCUAGGCUCUCUAGCUGUUAGUGUGAAUGUCUGUUCUGCAAAAAUAAAAUGUCAAUAAAAUGA